GACUACUGGGAAACACCCACUCGGCCCGGUUCCCGGGAGGGAAAAGGAGAGAAAGGGCCAGGAGUGACAGGACGGGGCGGGGCGGAGCGGAGUGGGCAGGGAGGUGGCCCCUAACGCUCCGGUUCACCCUCACCCUGCGGGCGGACACCAUGGGCUGGCUGCUGGCCGUGGUCGCAGGCCGGGGGACCGCCGGGCUUCGACUCCGCCUGGGGCGUCUGCUAGGCAGCCCUCUCGGGGCCGCCGCCCCCCCGGCCCCGCGCUCUCCGCUCCUGCUCGGGCCUAGCCCGGUGCACGCUCAGAUAAGCCUUCUUGGAAGCGGGGGCGGCCGGAGCAGCGUUCGCGGCAGCACCACCGGCCCCCAGGAUCCAAAGAAAACAGAGAAAGCACUCCCAGAUGCCAGCCCUGGGGAUGAGAGCAAACAAAGCAAACACCAACAGCUGAGAAAGGUUUUUAAAGAAUAUGGAGCCGUGGCUGUUUGCCUGCAUAUUGGGAUCUCAUUAAUAUCUUUGGGAAUAUUCUACUUGGUUGUUUCAAGCGGUGUGGACAUAACUUCCUUUCUCUACAAACUCGGCUUUGCAGAAUCGCUUUACAAUUCUAAAGUUGUCGCUGGCACUAGUACAUUUGUGAUGGCUUAUGCUGUUCACAAACUGUUUGCUCCAGUAAGGAUUAGCAUCACGUUAUUUUCUCUGCCAUUAGUUGUCAGGUACUUUCGGAAGAUGGGUUUUUUUAAGGCUCCAGGGAGCAAGCCUUGAUUCAUAAACACAGCAUACAAACUUGUGUCUUAACUCUUAAGCAUUUUGUGUGUGUGUGUGUGUGUGUGUGUGUGUGUGUGUAUGUAUCACUCAUUACCAUCCCUAGUUUUAAACUUGAAAAACAAAUCUCCACUUGACACUGGAUAAUAAAAAUUUGACAUAAAAGAAAUACACCCACUCAAAGACUGCAAGACUGAGAUUCAAUGACUUGGCUAAAUCAGGACCCAGGUUAUGAUCCACCUCUUCUGGCUUCUGGACUAGAGGAUCUCUGAGUUUCUUUCUGACUCUGAUACUCUGUGUUGAGUGAAUAUCUAUACCUCCUAUAAUGUCAGCAAAACUUAAAAAAAAAAAAAACUGAUCCUCAAAUAGAACCACUAGAUAACUCAAUGUUGCUUUUGGAAGGAGAUUGAUGAGUCUGCACGACUGAAGAAGGGAAAAGCAGCUGAUCUCUGAGUGAGUUCAAAAAAAACAGUGAUUGAAGCUUACUUUUAGAAAUCCUGUCUUCUCUGAUACUUGGCAGAUUGCCUGUGGAUAAAUGUGGAAUAUUGUUUGUGCAGAACAGCUGCACUUCUAUGAUUAAUGAAGGCAAAUUUGAGGCUUGACACCAUAUAAUCAGGAUCCAAAUUAGCAGUCACACUUUGGUGACACUCAUUAGUUUUGUUUUGGAACAUUUAAAAAACAGUUCCUGGUAAUGUUUGCACUGAUUUCCAACAGAGCACCUUGGAAUGUAAACAUUUCAGGAUGCUGCCUUCCUUUAAUUAAGUUUUCUGGUGGAUCUGGGCCCAGCUGCUAUUGCAUUUCUUUAUUCAGGCAAACUUGGGAAAGCAUUUUUUCAAUAGGAGCUUGGGCAUACAGGGCCAUUGAGCAUCAUUUAUAGAAACCCUGAAAUUAAAGGGAUCAUAAGCUUAUCUGGUUUUGCUGGAAUUGAACUUCUAACAGUUUUGAGUUUUAUGUCCCAGGGGCUUUUCAACAUUAAUAUAUGACCAUAUGGAAAAACAGCCUCACAAAGUAGUAAAUGAGAAUUUGACCGUGACAUUUGCUUUGAAUUGUUCUUGUCAAUGUUUAGGCAAGUUUGCGGCUAGGUGGUAAAAUGAGUCAUCAUCUGAAUUUCAAAGCCCACUUUAGACACUUAGCUACAUGUUCCUGAGCAAGUCACUUAAGCUUUUUCAAUCUGAGUUUCUUCAUCUGCAAAAUAUAAUAAUAGUAGCAAACUCCUAAAUAAGAUGAGUAUCCAUGAAAUAUACAAAACAAAUCAUGAGAAAACUUUAGACUCUGAGGGAAAAUUGUACUUUAGUUAUAAAAAUUAGCUUGCUAGAUUUAUAAAUUUUUAUAUUUUGCAAACUUUAGCUCUCAUUAUUGCUGAAAGAACCAUUAUGAAGAGUUAGAUGACUUUUCUUUAAAGCAAUGUAUCUUGCACUGAGGGAUCUUAAAUGGCAAUAGAUACUUGGUGUUCUGGAUUUUAGGGAAUUGUUCUUCUAAAAGUGGGUCCACUAAAAUGGAUAAUUUUUUAAAUAGUUUAAAACUUUGAGAAUUAGACAUUUUCUUUUGUAGAGCAGAAGCCUCAAACUCCUCCUUAAAGGCUUGGUUUUGCCUACCACAAAAGGGGAAUGUAUUAGAAUAAUUAGUGAAAUUGUACUUUCUAGCCUUUCAUUCCACUCCCAUUUUACCUGCUUCACUACUUUCAAAUAUUCAGAUGCUUGAAGGAGGACUGGAAUUUUAAAAUACCUUGAAGGACCAAGCUGAUUGAUGCACAGUAUUUUUUGGUUUUUUUGUCCAUAAAGCAAAAAAAAAAAUAGUAGGUUAAAAAUUUUAUUUUAAAAUAAUCAAAUUUUUGCAAUAACUGAUAGGCCUGAUUCCAAUGUUGAGGAUUGUUGUGAAGCUCUGAUAAGAAUGUGAAAUAAAGUAUUUUAUUUUUGAAAAACAGCAUAAAUCCUAUUGUGGCAUAUUGUGCUUCAGAGCCCAUCUAUGUAGUAGUUACAGCCUCUACUAAUGGAAAGCACAAAUCUGCUGCAUGCUUUGAAAAACUGUUGUGUGAAUUUUUAUGGCUGAAAAAUGAAACACUUGGUAAUCCACCCAUCAGUGAUGACUAUAUUCAGUCAGGUUCAAUCUUCAGGUUCACACUCAAGAAUUUUCAGCUGGAUUGGUACUGCACUGACCCAGCCUUCAGAAAGCCAAGACCAUCUUCACAUCACUAUGAGACAUCAGGUGAAGAGCUGAGUAAAUGAAGAAGAAAACUCUUAAUUGCAAUGGUGAUUAUAAAAUUAUCUCACCAAGUUUACUGCCAUAUUACUGUCCAAGCCACCAUUCCAUUGAAUUUUAAUUCUCCUUUCUAUAGUCAAUAAGUAGAAUGAAUAAUCAAAAGGCUUUGGACUCUGAGGGGAAAUUGUACUUUAGUUAUAGAAAUUAACUUGCUCAAUGUAAAAUUUUAUAUUUUCAUAGUUGGUUUUGAAGGAAAUAAUGAAAAAAAAAAAAAAGCUAAACUUCAGUCUGCUUGUAAGAACAAACUAAGCUGUUUUUAAAAAAAAAUUUCAUCCAGUCAGUUAUGUCUUUGGGGAAAAUAGGAUGUAUAAACUAUUUGAAAUAUGUAUAGAGAAGGCAUUUUUGUAAGGCAUAUUUUGUGUAAUGAGAAUAUUUUUCAUCUUAAUAAUUGUUUGACUUAAAAAGCAGUAGCAAAAAAGAAACUAUAUUGUACUAGGAGUGUUGCAGAAUUAUAAUAAAAUGUUUUAUUAGAA